AGUCAGCUGAGCCUUUUUUUCUGAGCAUAGGAAGGAAUGAGAGAGAGAGAGAGAGAAAGAGAGAGAGAGAGAGAAGAACAAACCAACUGCCCAGUUGACUGUUUAAUGAUAUCCAAUCGUGAAGACACGCUUUUCUUGCACUGUGUUGUUGUUGGUUGAUGUUGUUGCUGUAAAAAGAUUCUCGCUUUUGAGGAGAAAAUUUCACGUGGGUCUUGAAGAUUUUUGGGAUGUUUGGAAAUACUAAAGGUGAGUUUUUGGAGCUGAUUCGAUUCCAUGAAUAUCUUGUAGUGAGUUUUUGUGAACUCUAUUGAGGGGUAUAAUUUUGAAGUGAGCGACUGAGAGAAUUUAAGGAGAUGAAGAUAUUGGAAUUUUGUUGGGAUUAAGAACUCAGAGUUCCUAGUUGUUUGUUGGGAUUUUCUCGAAGUUCACGAGAACUUUAACUACAUAAUCCUCGGACAACGACAUCGUACCUAGGACCUUGUCUGUUUAUGGUGGCUCAUGCUGCUUCUUUCUUCUUCUUCUUCAUGUUUUGCUCGGAGGAACAAAAUCUUUGGUUGCGGUUAGUGAGAUUUCUGACCGUUACAACCAAUCGCUCUUGAAUAUCUUCGAGGAAAACUUUGUUAUGGUGGGAAGGUUGUUGGUUGUUUGGUACGAACCAAGAAUUUCGUGCAUGUAGACAAAAGGAUAACUUUUUCUAUAUCUUUUUUUUCUCCACUAAAUUUUCGGGUGGAUUAAGGAUUUGGGGUUCUUUGUUUUUUUGUUUUUUUUCAUAUGAGAGAAAAGGGGCUUUUUUUAGCAAACCAGCGAUAAUAAUCUCUCCCAAUUUUCUUUUCUUUUCUUUUCUUUUUUCCUUUUUUUAUCUUUUUUAUUCAUUUUAUCUUAAUUGGGGUUUGAAAAUCUUGGAGAGUCAUGAAAUUUCUAAGCAUUGUUGGGAAUUCUUUUGGUUGUUCGGCAUCUGGGGAGCGUUUGGUUUCUGCUGCAAGAGAUGGAGACCUUCAAGAAGCCAAGGCCUUGUUGGAGUAUAAUCCUCGGUUGGUCAGUCUCCCUCUUGCUUGAGUCUGGUGUUGAUAUUAAUCUGAGGAAUUAUCGUGGACAGACCGCUUUGAUGCAAGCUUGUCAACAUGGUCACUGGGAGGUUGUUCAGAAUCUUGUUCUUUUCGGAGCCAAUAUUCACAGAGCUGAUUAUUUGAAUGGGGGAACUGCACUCCACUUGGCUGCUUUGAAUGGUCAUUCCCGAUGUAUUCGGCUCCUCCUUGCUGAUUACAUUCCCAGCUUGCCUGAUUUUUGGCAAAUUUUGAAUACAUCAGAUAAUGAUGUGUCAAGUUCCGAGUUUGAUCAUAGUGCUUUGCGUCAGGUGAUUAAUAAGCCAGCUGAUGGAGGAAUUACUGCUCUGCAUAUGGCAGCACUGAACGGCCAUGUUGAAAGUGUACAACUACUUUUGGAUUUAGGGGCUUCUGUUACUGAGGUAACUGUGGAAGAUGGAACUACAAUUGACCUAAUAGGUGCUGGAAGCACGGCCCUCCAUUAUGCUGCUUGUGGUGGCAAUGCACAAUGUUGUCAAAUAUUGAUUGCCAAGGGUACCAGUCUAACUGCUGAAAAUGCAAAUGGAUGGAAUGCCUUGAUGGUUGCUCGUUCAUGGCAUAGAACUUGGCUUGAGGAAAUUCUGACCACGCAGGCAGAAGGCCAGUCUCAAAGUCUUCCUUCACCCUACCUUUCUCUUCCCCUUAUGAGCAUUAUCAAAAUUGCUAGAGAAUGUGGAUGGCGAAAUGAUUCUUUAUCCUCAAGCCAAGAUCCUUGUGUUGUUUGUUUGGAAAGACAGUGCACGGUUGCUGCAGAAGGUUGUGACCAUGAGUUCUGCACACGCUGUGCCUUGUACCUUUGUUCUACAAACUGCACUUCCACCGUGGCUCAUGGUCCCCCAGGUUCAAUUGCAUGUCCUCUUUGUCGGAAUGGCAUAGUUUCAUUUGCAAUGCUUCCAGGAACAAAACCAGCAAUCAAGGAGAUUGCAAGAACAAGUUUGUCCCUGUCAUUUUGUUCAUGUUCCGGUGAGGGACCAGAGCCCACACCACUAACUCCAUUUUGCAAGCCUGAGUUACGUUGCUCCAGAAUUUCCCCUCUCGGAUCUUCUUUCCGGUCCCUGAGCUGCCAACGAUUCCCAUCAGUGAGAAUCAAUUCUAGUCUUUGCAUGAGAGCUCCGGAAAUUAGUCCCUCGUUAAUCCCAUGCACCGUGGAUAGAAACUUGCAGAGACACUUGGCUAGGUGUUCAAGAGCAGGCUUUAGACAGUCAGCGUCACAUAGCGAGGGCAGAAGAUCAUGGUUCUCUGCUCUCAAUCAAUAUGUAACAACUGGUAGUGGAUGCUGAAUUUAACCUUUUGGACAUAUUAUUCUUUUGUUUUGUUAAUUAUGUCGCUGUUUAUGUGUUUCGCCUUGUAUUCAUCAGAAAUCAAGACUCACCAGUAAUCUUAAUAUAAAUGCUCAUCAUUGAGCGUGUAUAUAUAUAUAUAUA